GCGUUUCCCGAAACGCAGUUUUUACCGGGGAACCCAGGAACGCGAUUGGGCUAGUAUUGGGCGAUUUUGUAAUGCAAACCUGGCAACCCUGCAUAGGACAACAUGUGCAAGUGUUUUAAGUUCCGCACAGGAAAACCGAUUACACCACUCGGCAUAAACAACUCUGCAUGUCCAUGAUUACUUUUAAGCAAGCCUCCUGACGCGCAUCGAAGGAUGUUCAUAUAUAAAGAAGCAGGCAGUGGCGCAUGGUUCGUAUGCACCCUUCUCUCACUUCAUGGAGUAAUAUCCGAAACCAGUAGAGCACUGGAUAUAAUGAGAAAAUAUCCACUAAUUGAUGGACACAAUGACCUUGCGCUACGUCUGAGAAUUCAUUAUAACAACAAACUCACCAAGAUCAAUCUGCAUAGCAUUUCUCAUGCGGCUACAGAUAUCAGUCGCCUCAAAGCUGGUCAUGUUGGAGGGCAGGUUUUUUCAGCAUACGUGUUGUGCACGGCUCAGGACAAGGAUGCUGUCAGACUGACAUUGGAACAGAUUGAUGUAAUUCGUCGUGUAUGUACUGAAAACUCAUACCUGGAACUGGUCACCACAGCUGAAGGAAUGAGGGAUAGUACAAAAAUCGCAUGUCUCAUCAGUGUGGAGGGAGGCCACUCCAUCGACAGCAGUUUACCAGCACUACGCAUGUUCUACCAGCUUGGAGUAAGAUCCAUGGCCCUCACACACACCUGCAACACGCCAUGGGCUGAGAGCUCAUCUCGUUUUUACUCAUUUUACCAGCGGAAGAACAACAGCUUGACAGAAUUUGGCAAGGCAGUGGUGGAAGAGAUGAACAGGUUGGGAAUGCUGAUAGAUCUGUCUCAUAGUUCCUGGGAGACAGCCAGAGCAGUGCUGAAACAUUCUAUUGCUCCAGUUAUUUUCAGCCACUCCUCAGCCUAUGCUAUCUGUAACAAUACUCGCAACGUACCUGAUGACCUGCUGCAGCUUCUGAAAGCAAAUGGUGGGCUUAUCAUGGUGAACUUCUACAGACAUUUUGUAGCAUGUUCAGAUUCCACAAACGUGUCUACUGUGGCUGAUCAUUUUGAUCAUAUAAAGGAUCUGAUUGGUGCUGAAAGCAUUGGGAUUGGAGCAGACUUUGAUGGAGCACAAGGAUUUCCUGAAGGGCUGGAGGAUGUCUCCAAAUACCCAGCACUAAUUGAGGAGCUGAUAUCAAGGAACUGGAGUGAGGAAGAGCUGGCAGGAGUGCUAAGACUGAACUUCCUUAGAGUGUUCCAAGAGGCUGAGAAGGUACGUGAUAAAAUGCUAAAUACCCUACCCAGCGAAGCUGAAAUCCCAUUUUUGGAAGCAAACAACAGCUGUCGUGCGAAGCUGACUAUUCCAGUCAGGACCGACAGUAGCUAUCGAAAUGGAAAAGCUUCAUUGAUGCCUGUAAGAGCUAUUGCCUGGUUUAUCGUAUUUUUGAUCCAGUUACUGUAAUCUUAACAUCAAAACAACUAAUCAUCCAGAGACAAUCAAAUGUUUUACGGCACUGCUUUGAGAUUGCCUUGCCAACGCUUGAUUUAACGCUUGAAAUGAAUUUGCUGACUGAAACUGACACUCAGGUCUUUGACAAUUUUGGAAACUUAUGUUUGGUAACAGUUUCUGAAGAAGACCAUAGUUUAUAAUGGUUUAUUAAUAUGCAUAGCUAGUGUACAGAUCACAUUUCUGUAAAUUAAUUUAAAUAAAGAGAUUUAUGUUCAGCUCAUGAGAUUACAAAAUUAAGUAACAAACAAACAGCAUUGUUGCAUCUCAUACUGCCAUAGCAUAUCAGUAAAAGGCAUAGGUUUCUUAAAUAAGAUUUUAAU